AUGGGGAUCCUAAAAGAGCAAUUGGAAAGGACUUCCAGGCCAUUGUACGGUUUCACUGUGGACUCCGUCAUCCCUCAGGGGACAAUUCGACUGCCUAUAAUCGUCGGGGAGAAACCUCGACAAGCCACUAUAAUGGCUAAUUUUGUGGUAAUAAAGGGAGACUCCCAAUACAAUGUCGUUAUUGGGAGGCCGACCCUUCAGGCGCUGAGGGCAAUAACCUCCAUCUACCACCAGAAGGUUAAAUUCCCUGCCCCAAACGGUGUAGGUGAAAUAAAGAGCAACCAGUACGAGGCUAGGGUUGCGUAUUCUGAUGCCUUACGCGGAUAUGACCAACCAGGGAGGCAAGAGUCCAGAAUGGUCUAUCAAGGUGCCAUUGAGGACAUAGACCCCAGGGUCCAAGAGGAUGCCACAUGGUCUCAACCCGUCGAGCAAUUGGUGGAGAUCCGAGUCGACAAGGACGAGCCAACCAGAGUACUAAAAGUAGGUUCUGACUUAACCCCAUCACAUAGGGUAGAAGUCGAGAGUUUCCUCAAGAAGAACCUGGAUGUCUUCGCCUGCAAUCAUGCGGAUAUAAAAGGGAUCGACCCAGAAGUCAUAUGUCAUUCUCUAAAUAUCGACCCCUCAUAUCCCCCCAAACGCCAAAAGCACCGACCAAUGAACCCGGAGAGGUACGAGGCAUUGAAAGAAGAGGUCGAUAAGUUAAUCCACAACGGUUUCAUUAGAGAGGCCCGUUACCCUCGGUGGGUCUCGAACCCCGUUUUGGUGGUCAAACCUAACGGGACAUGGAGAACAUGCGUCGACUUCAGUGACCUCAACAAAGCCUGA